GCUUUCCUUCUCUUGAGACACUUCACGUCAUGUCCAUUCCUGGGUCAACUGAUACCGUGGACCGUGCUGGGUUCUGGGAGUCCCUGGGCUCCUGUGACUGCCUCAGAAGUCACCUCAAGACCUUAGUCCUCCAUGGAUUCCAGAACCUUAACCAAGAACUGCUGUUCCUCAAUUACAUUUUGGAGAAGGGUAAGAUGCUUAAGACCCUGUGCAUUGUUCGCAGUGAGAUUGAUGACUUUUUAGCGGAGGCAUGCCACGUGGUACCGGAGGUAGGCCCGACGUCAGGUUUCAUUCUUGAGCGCGAUGCGCCAUCAGGUGGAAGCAGUGGCAGUGAUAUUUCUGUUUGCCCCGCCUCCCGCGGCUGGAGCUUUCAGAACGCCAUUGACUUGUCAGUGAAGGAUCCCUUCUAUGCGUCGAGGCAUGACGUGACCUGGAUUGCUUGUCGUACCGAGGAUGAGAGUUUGUGUUUCUGAUGAUUGUGCUUAUGAGGAUAUGGUACCUGUUACUUCUUCAUCAAUUUGCGGUGAACUAAGAAGGUGGACCGAGCCGAUGAACGUCUGGAAGCUAGUUUUAUCAGUCGUGGCACUCUUGAAUUUUUUCGGUGAGACUAAUAUGAUUCUGGGUUUGGAUGUACCUUUGCUUCGGCUUCAUGUUGUUUCGGGCCUUUUGGCUUGUAGAAGUGCUUAUUACAUGCACAAUCUAUCUCCAUUGAUAUCCUGAUGCACUUUGUUCUUCUCCUGCUAGUUGAUAACUUACCUAGUUCCUGGAAUGCAAUGUUUGUUACAUGUUUAUACCGAUCAUCCGUUGUCUAAGUUUGGAUGAA